GUCAAUGAGGGCUUUAUUUGUGCUGGAAUUGGUUCACCAAGGUGAUGAUAAAGAGAAUCUAUGCCUUACUAAUAUACUUCAUUUUACAAAAGACGAUUACGAGUACGUGUAUGAAAAUUGCCUGGAGCUAGAGUAUCUAGAGGAUAAAAAGUUUAUUCAUACUCACAGGUCUAGUCGAUAUCUCUCUUUUAAUAUCCACAUCCAUCAUUUAAGGGAACCGGAAGAUCCUGGGUUUCCAUGCAUGUACAUGUCACCAAUUUUAAGGUCAUACAUGCUAAGUUUUUACGGACUGGAGGUUAUAGGUGCACUGAAAGAUGCUUGUGCUGAGUUGGCCCAAGAUUUGUCACUGUCUGCUGAUAUCUGGAGUUCCCUACGAAAAGAAACCAAAAGCCAUCUGGAAAAAAAUUUCUUUAAUUCAUUUGAUAAGAAUCAAAUUUGGGGAAUCAUAAACGCAUCAUUUCCGCAUGCAACUUACUAUCCAGCACUGAUGGAGCUAUUGCAUUUGGGAAUUGAAAGAGCAGAUGAUCUUGCAAAGCCUUACAGGGAUAAACUUGGUUUGGAGCAAUUAAUUUCACAUCCACCAAAACCCGUCUCAGAGGGGCAGGAACCUGUUCGUGAACCUGAUAUUGACACUCUCUGUCUGAAGGGAAAUUUUG